AUGAAUGGGAUCUUUCAUGUGUUUUACCGGCAACAUUAUCCAGCGAGACGUGUUGCAGUCGCCGGAGAUGAGCUCAAGUCUCUGCCUUCAGGCAAAACAGGUGACAAUGUCGGUGAUACCAACAUUUCAACGGACAAAAAGGAAACGGAGAAGAGUAGGAAGAAUAAGGCUGCAAAGGAGAAACAGAGAGGAGUCUCCUCUGAAUCGUCUUCAAGGCUAUCAUUUUCUUCUUCACCAUGCUCCUCGAGCUUCUCAUCUGCAGAUAUCAGCACAACAACUUCUCAGUUUGAACAACCCGGCUUGGUUCAAACCAAUAAUGGUGAGAAUCCGGUAAGAGAACCGAUCAACGGGUCGCCAAGGUGGGGUGGGUUGAUGAUGCCGAGUGAUUUAAGGGAGUUUGUGAGAAGCUCCAUUCAUAAGGAGACAAGAACCAGAGAUGAAGAAGGCUUGUCUCAACAGCAGCCUAAAUCAACCAGAGCUAAUGUAUCUCUUCUCAAAGAAUCAUCACCAUCUCGGAAUUCUAACGAAUGGAACGAGGGACGGAGAGUAGUGAUGCUAAAAGACAGUCCUCGGUUCUCUUAUGAUGAGAGGGAGACGAGGAAGAAAGGCACCAAGUUGAAAGAGACACCAAGGUUGUCAUUAGACAGUAGAUCGAAUUCCUUUAGGAGCGCAAGAUCUACUUGUUCACCAGAGCCGCAAGAGCUUGUAACGGGUCACAGAAGAACAACAUCAAGUGUCGUUGCCAAACUGAUGGGUCUUGAGGUCAUUCCAGAUGAGUCUGUGACUGAUCAGAGCAGAGAGAACCGCUUCUGCGACUCCCCAAGGCCACCUUUCCGAGUGGAAGCAGAUCUACAAAGAUCAAGAAGUUCUGAUUCAAUCAAGAAAUUUCCUACGAAAGCAGCUCCAUGGACGCAAGUGGAUGUUACCAAGAACCAAGUCAAAGCAGCUGAUGCUGCUACUACGCUGACGGUUUAUGGUGAGAUACAGAAGCGGCUUUCACAGCUAGAGUUCAAAAAGUCCGAGAAAGAUCUCAGAGCUCUAAAGCAAAUACUCGAAGCAAUGGAGAAGACGCACCAGUUGACAAGCAAAGACGAUGACAACAAUACUCUGAGUUCAACCACUUUUAUGCAGAGAGCUGAUCAGCCAAUUCCAUUUGCAACAACAAGCCCAUCGUCCAAGAAUUUCAGGUCUUCCUCUAUCGUGGUUAUGAAAGCAGCGACGGCUCCAGUCUUCAAAGAGACAGGCAAUUCUGGGUCGGCCUUCUCGCCGCGUAAUGUUGCUUUACCAAAUGUCAAGGUUGGAAACUUGAGGCAAAAGCAGAAAGUCAUUCCGAGGAAGCAGAGCGCCAUGGAUGUGACCCCGAGGCCGGGGUUCUACAAGGGCCAGACAGAUUCUGCAACGAAAAAUACUAUUACCAGACAAUUACAACAGAAAAGCGACAUGGCCAAGUCAGGCAAGAGCCAGAUGCCGAGUGUCAGCCCAAGAACACAGCCAAAGAAGCUUGGUUUCGAGAAGCAGUCUCGACCAACGUCUCCAAAACGAGAACCAAACAAGAUCCAAAGACAACAACUCAGUAGGCAACAGACAGAGUCAGCCUUCCCGAGAAAAAAAACAGGGAGUAAAUCUCGCGGCCUGCAGCAAUCUGAAGACCGAUUAAGCGAUGAAAGCAGUGACUUGAGAAGUCUUAGAUCUGACAGCAACGUAAGCUUGGCCUCCAACCUUGACAUUGAGGUUACAAGCAGGUAUAGGUCUGAGAGGAACAGUGACAUCACGGAGCAGUACACCCCGAAACAAAGGAGCCCAGACUUGGGAAUGAAGUUGUUGCCAAAACCUCUGAAAGUUACGGUGGAGCAGCCCAGCCCGGUUUCAGUUCUUGAUGUAGCCUUUGACGAAGAUGAGUCACCAUCCCCUGUGAGGAAGAUAUCCAUAGUCUUUAAAGACGACAAUCUUUCAAGUUCUGAAGAGCCCCAGUGGAUGAACAAGCACAGCAACUUAUGUAGAUCAAUCGUGUGGCCUGAGAGUAACGUGAGCCUUAAGCAACCUGAUCAUAACGAGGGUUACAUGGAAGAAGGUGUUGAAUUAAAAAAUGGCGACCACAAGUACAUCUCAGAGAUACUUUUGGCAUCAGGGCUUCUAAGAGAUAUAGACUACAGUAUGAUGAGCAUUCAGCUGCACCAAGCACACCUGCCGAUCAAUCCGAGCCUUUUCUUUGUCCUGGAACAGAACAAGACAAGCAAUGUGACUCAACAAGACAACAAACACAACAGCAGAGGAUUCGGACAACAACAGACGACAAACCUGAUAGAUAGAAUCAGGAGGAAGCUCGUAUUUGACACCAUCAACGAGAUCUUAGCUCGCAGAUUCGCUGCAGAAGGGUGUACCAAGCAAACAUCCAUAAUAUCAUCGAUCAGCCCGCUAAGGACAACCGACAAAAGUUCGAAAGGGAAGGAACUUCUACAAAUUCUGUGUUCAGAGAUCGAUCGAUUACAAGAUGACUCAAACUGUAUCUUGGAUGAGGACGAUGAAGACCUGAUUUGGGAGGACCUGCAAAGCCAAGGCAUGAACUGGAAGGAUAUUGAAGGAGAGACACCGGGGUUAGUGUUAGACAUUGAGAGGCUAAUCUUCAAGGAUUUGAUUAGUGAAGUUGUGAUAAGCGAGCUUGCAGCUAUUCCAGGAAUGCUCAGUGGGCAACCCAGGCAGCUUUUCCAUUGCUAA